CAAAGAGCAAGUUCCUUCCCUACCCAGGUUGUAUGAGCCAUUGCAGAACAGACGGAGCAACACCGGGGAGUGUUUUCUACCUUUAGUGCAAGAGAUUGUACGAAGAGCAAUUAUUAUUAUUUUUUUUUGUUGUUGUUGUUGCGAGGACUUUUUUUUUUGUUUUUAAAUCGCAGAAAGGAUUUGAACCACCUUCCAGACACGUUUAGAUCAUCCAAAGUCGGCGCGUUGAAGAUACGCCGCAAUCAUAGGGAGGGGGUGGGGGGGGGAAGAAGUCGCUAAUUGUGUGAUAACAGGAACAGGAAUGGCCACAGAAAAGAAAAUUACUGCAAGGCUAAUAAUUGCAGUAAGUACAGCAGUGCUUGGGUCAGUACAGUUCGGGUACAACACAGGUGUCAUCAAUGCUCCCCAGAAGGUUAUUGAAAGUUUCAUUAAUGAUACCUGGUUACUGCGAUAUAAUGAACCCGUCAAUUCAUCAGUUCUCACCACAGUUUGGUCUCUGGCUGUUGCCAUUUUCUCUGUGGGUGGUAUGGUUGGAUCAUUUUCAGUAGGAUUAUUCGUCAACCGGUUUGGAAGGCGGAACUCUAUGCUGAUGAUCAACGUCUUGGCAUUCAUUGCAGCCAUUCUCAUGGGAUUCUCUAAACUGGCCAACUCAUUUGAAAUGCUUAUACUGGGACGGUUCAUUAUUGGCAUCUACUGCGGUUUGACCACGGGCUUUGUUCCCAUGUAUGUUGGUGAGAUAUCUCCCACAGCUUUAAGAGGAGCUCUGGGCACCCUCCAUCAGCUGGGAAUUGUGAUUGGAAUUCUCGUUGCACAGGUUUUUGGGUUGCAUUCAAUCAUGGGAAAUGACACCCUCUGGCCGUUAUUACUUGGGUUUCUGUUCCUCCCCGCACUGUUGCAGUGUAUUGCUUUACCAUUCUGUCCAAAAAGCCCUCGCUUCCUCCUUAUCAACAAGAAUGAGGAAAGCAAGGCAAAGAGCGUUCUGAAGAAGCUUCGUGGAACAACAGAUGUCAGCAGUGACUUGCAGGAGAUGAAGGAAGAGAGCAGGCAGAUGAUGCGAGAGAAGAAAGUCACAAUUCCUGAACUGUUCCGUUCACCAAUGUAUCGCCAACCCAUUAUCAUCGCAAUGGUGCUGCAACUGUCCCAGCAGCUGUCCGGUAUCAAUGCUAUAUUCUACUACUCAACAAGCAUUUUUGAGAAAGCCGGCGUCGAACAGCCUGUUUAUGCCACCAUUGGUUCCGGUGUGGUCAACACUGCUUUCACAGUUGUAUCACUGUUUGUGGUGGAGCGGGCUGGACGACGUACUCUUCACCUGAUUGGCCUGGCUGGAAUGGCUGUCUGUGCAAUUCUGAUGACCAUUGCACUUGCUUUCCUGGACCAGCUGACUUGGAUGAGCUACAUAAGCAUUAUUGCUAUUUUUGGUUUUGUGGCCUUCUUUGAGAUUGGACCUGGCCCGAUCCCAUGGUUUAUUGUUGCUGAGCUGUUCAGUCAAGGCCCCAGACCAGCUGCCAUCGCUGUAUCUGGUUUGUGUAACUGGACUGCAAAUUUCAUCGUUGGCAUGGCCUUCCAAUAUAUCGAGCAACUCUGUGGGCCUUACGUCUUCAUCAUCUUCACUGUGCUUCUGGUCCUGUUUUUUGUAUUCACCUAUUUCAAAGUCCCUGAGACCAAAGGAAGGACAUUUGACGAGAUUGCCUCUGGUUUCCGCCAGGGCGUAGGGGCCAACUCUCCAGAGAAGCUCAGCCCAGAGGAGCUCAACAGCCUGGGUGCAGAUUCGCAGGUUUAAGCAGGAGCUGCACCACAGCAGCCAAAUAGGAGCCAAUGGGACUAGCGCGUGUCCACACUACUGACAAAAUAUGUAACGAGGUGGAGUGACUGGCAUGUCAGCAGAUUCCUGUGAUUGUGUAGGAAGCAAGCUCUGAUUGUUUACCAGUUACACAUCUCCAAUUGUGUAAAAUGUUAUGGUCAGUACGCAAAACUAACUUUUUGAAUAUUUUACAGUUUUGACUGACGUAAUUAUCAAUUAGUGUUUCAAAGCUUUCCAUGUAUAGAAUUAAAUAUUUAUAUGUUGAAUAUGUUUAUAGUGUUUAUAGGACAAUAAAUUAUAGAGCUAAAAUUAAUGUAAAUAUAAUAAGCUACAUAAAUGAUAUGUAAUGUAUAAACAUAGAAUGAGCUCUAGUUUCUGUAGAAAUGAUUAGCUGUAAAUGAUUAGAAUUACUUUUUGUACAGUUCACAUUGUAGAGAGCUGCUUCCGGUUCACCAGGUCAGCCCUUAAUAUUUUUUUAAAAAGUGUUUGUUAUUAAUGGAGAGCCUUUCAAAUUUCCUUGAUUUCCUGUGAUAUUAACAGAUGAAUGCUUAACACAUUUGAAUACAGUUCCUCUGUGUGCUAUUGUAGCAUUACUAAUAACCCAGCUAGGAUAAACAGUUUAUCCUCAUUAGUAAAAUAUCAAACAGAAGAACGUCAUCUCAACAAGUUAAGUACUUCCACACUAAUAUGACCAGCGGCAGGUGCCUGAGCUUGUAAUGACCAGCAGGCAAUUCCUACACAACACAAUCAUAGUUGUACAUAAUUUAUUAGUAACUUUUUAAAAACAUUUGAAAGUAAAUAAUGUGUGUGCUGGAAAGGGUUUGGUGUGGGAGGGUUAUAGUGUAUUUACUGAUGUGCCAAACACAGCUGUUGCAGGAAGUUUAUGAUAUGAGCAUCCAUUGAAUCAAGUGACAGGGAUCUUUGUGAGUUUGUUGUAUAAGUUUCUAAAGAGUGAUUAGCGUUUCUGCCAGCAAAACCGGUAUAGUAUUGGUUCCCACCCCUCCACCCACUUCAAAAUGCUUUGGAUAAGUAAACUACUUACAGUGUGGCAGUUGAAAAAACAAGUCUGUUUUUCCCUCGGAAGUUGUUCUCCAAGGUCCCAAUUUCAAACAAAAGUAUUAUUUCUUCCUGGAAGACAGAAUGUUUGUUUGUAAAAUAUAAUGUUGUGAAAUAUUCACCCUGUGAAAACUGGGGACUGUGACACCUUCAAUCCUGUGCCAAUCGUGACCUGUCCAAGUGUUGGUAAGGUAAACUCCAUUGCACAAAAAGCUUUCAUUGUUAAUUUCUGCUACUUUGUGCAUUAAUUUCAGGAUUUAAAAAUGAUUCCUCCCAAAAUUAACCGACUUGCCUGAUGCAUGCUUUCUGGAAAUCUUCGAUUUCCCUCAGUCUUGUGAAUUGUCUUUUAUCAGUGACACACAGAAAGUCUCUUCCAUUGCUGAAACAGUGUUCUAGGUUCCUCACCAUCCAGCACUUUGUCACGAACAGAUGUCAAACCGAUGCUGAUUGUCUCUUUGCUGCUUUCCUGAACCCUCACUCAAAUUUCCAGCUUGUUCAUGAUCUUCCUCCCCAUCCGAUGUCAACUGUGACGUCUUCGUCCUAAAUCCUAUAGUCUUCUCCGCUGUAUCGUGGCAGUGUUGAGUAUUAGCUCCUCUACCCAGUUCUUCAGUUACUACCUGAGAUAGAUCUGGAGUUUGUGUGAUUGUGUAAAGUAGGUGUUAGAGAGUCAGCUGCCUGUUUUACAUCUUUCCCCAUUACUGUUUCUUUAUUUGUAAAUAAAGAUUGGGAUGCAUGUAACACAGAUUACCAUUUUAUACUGUCAUACCAGAUCUAACCCUGCAUUUGAAUCCCUGCCCAACAGUUGAAAGCUUUUAAAAAAAAAAUAACUUAAAACAAUUAUUCAUCCUAAGUAAAAGAAUGAUUUGCUUUAUUUAGGUAGGGCAGUUUUUAUACAUAUUUUAAUCCGGGAAAAAAUAGAAGUAGAUAUUACAGUUAACUGAAAAAUUUACAUAAACUAUAUUUCCUUUAGGUAAGGUUUGUUUGAAACAUUUUUUUGUAUUUUGAAUAAUUAGAAAUAAAGCUAGUGCAAAAAAUAGCCUGAGCAGCAGUUAACAGGAGACAAAGGGGGUUAGAUGUGACUAAACUGAUGAGUAAAAGUGUAUUACAGGUUUUAUCUUCCUCCUCAGUUUUGAGACCCAACUGCUGACGACAGCCUUUCUGACCCAUCCUGAGGCUCCACAGCUGGUCCUGAUAGCAGCUCACACGCUCCAUUCAUAGGGUCAUUACAGCACGGAAGGAGGCUAUUGAACCCAUGCUGGCUCUCUUUAGAGCCAUCCAGUCAGUCCCAUCCACCCCCACCGCCCCGCUCGAGCCCUAUGGUCCUGAAGGUUUAUUUCCCUCGAAAGCCCAUCCAAUUUCCUUUCCCAAUCAUUCAUCAUCUCCGUUUCCACCACUCUUUUGGCAGUGAUUGCUGGAUCACUGGAUUUACAGAAAGACCCAUCAGCCCACAGCUUGCAUUACUUGAAUGCCUGGCUACUGUGGGGAAGGCCAGGAAGGGUGAUGAGUGAGUCUGGCUGAGCUCAGAGGGCUGGUGUUGGGUGGAAAAGUAUUGCAAGCCUAUUGGUUUUUUGAACAUUAUAUUUUCCUUGAGGUUUGCAACUGGAUUUCAUUAAAAAUGAAAACAUCUUUCGGGAACUUGAGAAUCAGAAAGUGAAAACAAACAGACCAACUAAAACAAUGAAUCUGAUAGCACAUUUCCACUGACAGCCCUGCUUUGUUUGAAUAGAGUUUGUACACUGAGAUUUUGUACUUAUUUCUUGUGAGGAUCACCUUAGUGACAACUAAGCUGAAAAUAAAAAAAAACCAGAGCAACAAAA